ACCCCGACUUGCUUGAGACUAAAGACUAUGAUGUUGUUGAUGUUGAAAGGUGGUGAUACUUUAAUGUAAGUGGAAGGAGUAUACUAUUACCUACAAAAAUAAUACCUUGAAAUUUGAGGACUAAAAGAGAAUUAUCGAAUGGUCCCAAAAUGAAAUAACUAUAUCCGGUAUCCCGGUAAGUUCGAUUUUAGGGGAUUUAUAAGCGCACUUAGAUAUGAGAGUACGUCCCGUGAUCACUACGAAAGAAGGAAUUAAUCCUAUAUCCCGCUUCACGAUAGGCGCGAAACCGAAAUUCAUUGCUCCAUUUUUCAACGCGCGCCAAGAUUCCAAAAAUUUCCCGCAAGAAAUCCACAAUCCCGCCAUAAAUCAUUCAUCAAAAAAUGAUUCUCUGUCCCCAACACCCAAAACCUACACAGAAUUUCAUUUUUCCGAAGAACACAGCAAGGAAAAGGGGGCGAAAAAUAUCAAUUUGUCGGAAAAAUGGACAUGUCGGGGAUAGCCAAUAAACUGGGCCUUUCCGGGUCCAAACACCUCAUACGUAAGGCCGCUGAGCUCCGCCGCCUUGCAGAUAUCCAAUUCGAUUCCUCCAUCAUCGGCGUUGGUGAAAUUUGCAAGGCCGUAAUUUGCCUGGAGAUUGCUGCUUCCAGGAUGGAAGUUAUAUUUGAUCGGCAAGCUGCAAUAAGACUGAGUGGGGUGUCUGAGAAGGCUUAUAAUAGGUCCUUCAACUCAAUGCAGAAUGGCAUUGGUCUCAAAAACAAGCUUGAUAUAAGAGAAUUGGCCAUUCAAUUUGGGUGCGUGCGACUCAUCCCUUUUGUGCACAAAGGCAUGUCAUGGUACAAGGAAAGAUUUCUUGCUUCAUUGCCAUCUUCACGUAGAAGUGGCACGGAUUUCAGCCGGCCAGUUUUCACUGCUGUGGCAUUUUACCUUUGUGCCAAAAAACAUAAGCUCAAGGUUGACAAAUUUAAGUUGAUCGAGCUUGCAGGCACUUCUGAAUCAGAAUUUUCUAAUGUAUCUACAUCAAUGAUGGACUUAUGCUUUGAUGCUUUUGGGAUAGCUAAGGAAAAGAAGGAUCCNGUUGUGCUUCUUGAUGUAUUGCCCGAAAAAAGGAGACUCGAGUAUGGUAGCUGUUCUGAUGAUGAUGGGGAGCCUUCUGCUUACAAAAAACACAAGCAAAUGGAGAAACAAGACCAUGAUGAAUGGAAAUCUGCUGUUCUUAAAUCUAAUAAACUCGCCAAAACGGAUGCUCUUGCUAAGGGGUCCAAACUCAAACAAGGGACACUUGAUUUUCUAAAGAGGAGUAUUUCUGAAACAACAGCUGAAGCUUCGUGACAACUCUUUUGCAAGAUUUUUAAUGCUAUUAACACAUUCUAAAUUCUAUUAAUUUUUUUCUUGGUUUUGCCCAAGUUGGAGGUGUUAAUGAUAUGCUAAAAUGGAAAUGUGAAAUGAAAAGUUGAAUUUAUUGGUGUUAAAUUUUGUUUUAGAUUAAUUGAAUAUGAUUAGAUUUACUUUAUUAGGAAAUGGUAUAGGCAUGCACAAUUAUCCAUUUGGACCUUUUAGCUACCUUUUCUUUUAGGUUUCAGCAUGUACAAUGUUGAUUAUGGUAUUCUUGUGGAGUAGAUUUGUAAAUGAGUUGAGUGAAGUUGAACAUUGUUUUUAUUUA